CUUCUGUUGCUGCAGCUGCGGGCGGACGGCCAGCUGGAGAAGGUCGACGUGGCCGCUUUUCCUGACACCUCUGGAGUUUACGUGGGACCGCCAAUCAUCUCUGUUUUAGAGACAACUGAAAAGGAUUUUAAAAAUGGUCAAUUUAAAGUUAAUGACAUGCUCCUACCAGCCACGAUGGAGGGACACUCGCAGCGUAAAGAGCUCACGCGGCGAUGGUCUAGAGGGACUGCUGCGCGUCGUCGCCUCGCAGCUCGAGGAACUGCAGAUCAAUGGCGAGGUACAGCCGAGUGUCAUGGUGGAAGUGGAGAGAAUGACGUCACUCAAAAGACUGGCCGUAAAAUGUGUUAAUGAUAAAUCCCUGGACUUUCCGGACCUCCCGUUGCAGCUCGAGGAGCUCAAGAUUAAGUUUCCUAGUGAAAACCAGUUGCUAUGCGUGGACCGAAUGUCUAGGCUGCGCAGCCUGCAGGUUCUUGAUUAUCAAGGUCCAAAUUUGAGCUUCGCCCCCUCACAGCACACAGCCCUGCGGUGGCUGAGCGUGGCCUUUAAUGCUGUUCACAAGAACACAAUGAUGUCGCUGAUCCGCGCCUACGCAUCAUCAGUGCAAGAGCUCUAUAUAGCCUGUAGCGUCAGUGAGAGAAUAAGAAAAUCAUUUUACCACCCCAACCUUGCCGAUGACCUGGCGGCGUGUGGACUACACGCCCUGCGGCGGCUCGUCCUUGAACGUCCUGCAAGUGACCCUUGCGCCGACCAGGUUGCGAGCUGCCUGCUGCAGUGUCGGACCAUCGGAAGAUCCUUGCCGUCUCACGUCCAAGUGGUCUGCAUUAGUUGCAACUUGUCUGCACUCUAGGGGUAUACUUUAAUCGCCCCCGUUUCUCUCACACAUACUUCAUGGUCGCGAGUAAACAUCCCCUUGCUGCACUUUUACAUACAGUGGCUUUGUAGAGAUAGUCGUGAAUUAAAGCUUGUUCAAGGAAUAUUU